AUGGUGGUGGCUAAGGAUUUGGGGUUGGAUGCGCAGCUGCGGCUGCUGCUGCAGCAGCUGCUGCAGCAGCUGCUGUCUUAUCAACGGCAGCAGCAAGCAAUCAAUGAGCUGCUGCAGAGUAUGACGACACAACUCUCAGACAGGAGGUACCUCGAAGGAGACCAUCUCGCCACUCUGAUGCUCAACCCCCAGCUGCAGACGUGCUGCUUGACGAAUUACAAUGCUGCGCUGCUGCAGCAGCAACACCGGCUGGAGGUGCUGCAUACGGAGCUCGUGGGUCCUCCUAGAAGCAGCAGCAGCAGCAGCAGCAGGAGCAGCAGCAGCAGAAACAGCAGCAGAGCAGCAGCAGAAGUAGCAACAGGAAGAGCAGCAAACGGAGAAAAACAAACAGCAGCAGUGGUGGCAGCAGCAGAAGCAGCAAGACACAGCAACAGGAGCAGCAGCAGCAGUAGCAGCAUCAACAGGAGCAGCAGCCAAAGCAACAGCAGCGGCACACCGGCUGGAGGUGCUGCAUACGGAGCUCGUGGGUCCUCCUAG